UUGACAUAGGGUGAUGUGUUAAUUUGCGCGAGCAUAAUGCAAAAUAUUAAGUUAAAUGUGAAAAAAUUAUUGUAUUAAGCACUAAGCUUCGACGAAAUACCAGCCUCGUUAAUUUUACUCAAUAAUGUAUUGAAAAUCGAUCGAGUUUUAGAAACAAAGUUGCAAAGUAGCGGUGUGUGUGUAUGUCUGUGCGCGUGUGUAUGUUAAGUUACAUACUUUUGUAUGUACAUUCUUAUGUACUAACAUAUAACUCCAACCAUUAAGAAACAUAACAGCGGUCCACAGCAAAAAUGUCUGCGAUGGCUGCCAACUUUUUGGGGAUGGACCUCGUCUCAUCGCUACCAUCUGAUGUACGCGAAAAAUUGGCCGAAUUGGAUUUAGAGUUAUCUGAAGGUGACAUUACCCAAAAAGGAUACGAAAAGAAACGGACAAAGUUAUUGCAACCCUUCCUGAAGAAACAGGAAUUAAACGAUGUGGAGAAAGCAAAGAACUUGCCGCCACCGCCAUACUACAACAUUAAAGAGUCCAACAAUAGCAACAGCAACGUAAACAAUGAUGGCGUCAUUGUCUCUAGUGAGGGGUAUAGUUAUGUGACUGAAGUACCUUCAUUACCCUCAUCACAACAAAGGCAUUCCAAAAAAUCAGACUUUCAUCAGCCGAGCUCAGCCAUAUCAAUAUCAUCGUCAACACCUCAGAGCGAAGGUGGUGUACCUGGCUAUGAGAAUAUGCGACCCCAAGGCGGUGCCGUAGGAGAUCCCGGCUAUCAAAACACACGCGAGCCAAACACCUUUCAAAACCAUGCACCACAUCCCCCAACAAAUAGCAGCCAAAGUCGACAACGGCGAACACAACGUAAAGUAACGCACAAUGAGAAGCGAUAUCAUUCCGAGGUUCGACAGGAAGCUGUACAACAGGCACUGGCUGCGCUGAAAGGUCGGCCAAAGCCUAGCUUGCCAAUGCCCUCAAAACGGAGUUCCGUGCUUAAUCGCAGCCCUGGGUGUAACGAUGAAUUGGACUCAUCCAGUGAUGACGAAUCGAUACCAGAGGAGCUUAUUUCACCGGACAAGGAAUAUAAUUAUCCACGGGAUCAUAUAAGUAAGAAUAUGCAGCCUCCGGAACCAAUCAUUAAGCCACCAAUACGUGAAUCAUCGAUGAUCGCACAGCAACAGCACUUACGGCAUGAUGUCAAACAAUCUCAAGCGCCAAUUCAAAAAUAUAGUUUGUCGGGCAGCGCAGCAGAACGACGUCCACCGCAGAAUUUGCCGCCUCUGCCUACAUCGGACACCUCGAGCACAGAGUCACCACCAAUUGGAUAUAAAAGAGAUAAUGAAUUUACUGAUAAAGCUUAUAAACAGAAGCAUUUUAAUGCACCAGACAUAACCCAGUUCAACAACGCUCAUCGCAUUGCAGACCGAGUUACACGUUAUGUUAACGUCUCUCAAACAGAGCUUAAUGAAACAGAUGCUAAUGGAAAGUGGAAAGUAUCGGCCAAGAUUCAACAGUUGCUGAAUACCCUUAAAAGACCAAAACGACGGCCGCUACCCGAGUUCUAUGAGGACAACGACAUCGAGCUUGAGAUUGCUGCUAAUCCCAAGGAUCCGAAUGCACCCAAGCCCGAGGGCAGCACCAUGACUCCGGUGCAAGGUGAACAACUUUCUAUACCAGCUGGCUUACCACGUACAUUAGAGUGUGCACUUCAACGCUAUGGAAUGAAUUCAUUUAAAAGCUCGAUGGCUACGGUAUUAGAUCCUAACGGUAAAAUAACCACAACCCUUACAUAUGGGAAACUACUUUCGCGUGCACAAAAAAUCGCUUAUGCGCUAUCCACAAAGAUAUUCAGUAAAGGUCCCGAACAGGUCACACUAAAACCAGGAGAUCGUGUAGCCCUAGUGUAUCCAAAUAAUGAUCCCUUAAGCUUCAUAACUGCGUGGUAUGGAUGCAUGUUUCGUGGUUUGGUGCCUUUGCCAAUUGAGUUACCGCUUUCAAGCUCGGACACUCCACCACAGCAAGUGGGAUUUUUACUAAGUUCAUGUGCUAUAACCGUGGCACUCACCUCAGAGGCUUGUUUAAAGGGUCUGCCCAAGUCUGCAACUGGUGAGAUAGCGAAACUGAAAGGCUGGCCAAGAUUACAAUGGUUUGUUACUGAGCAUUUGCCCAAACCACCCAAAGACUUUAAUGUAGGCAAUUUGCGCGUUGAAGAUACGGCUGCUGCGUAUAUUGAGUAUACUACUGAUAAAGAGGGCAGUGUAAUGGGCAUCACUGUUAGUCGCGCUGCCAUGAUAAAUCACUGUCGUGCUCUGACAAUGGCCUGUCAUUACACUGAGGGUGAAACAAUUGUCUGUGUAUUGGACUUUAAACGAGAAGUUGGCUUGUGGCAUGCUGUUUUGACAUCUAUACUCAAUGGCAUGCAUGUGGUGUUCAUUCCCUAUGCUCUGAUGAAGCUGCGGCCCUCAUCUUGGAUGCAGUUAAUAACAAAACAUCGUGCUUCUUGCUGUCUCGUAAAGAGCCGAGAUCUGCACUGGGGCUUAUUAGCCACUAAGGAUCACAAGGAUAUCUCAUUAGCUUCACUGCGCAUGCUGCUUGUUGCCGAUGGUGCCAAUCCCUGGUCAUUGUCAUCAUGCGAUCAGUUUUUGAAUGUAUUCCAAGCAAAAGGUCUGCGAUCGGACGCCAUUUGCCCCUGCGCCAGCAGCUCAGAGGUCUUUACAGUUUCUCUGCGUCGGCCAGGUCGCUCGUCUACCACUGGAUUCUGUCAGUCAGCUACUGGACGCGGCGUGUUAUCCAUGGCCGCCCUUUCGCACGGCGUCGUGCGUGUUGAUAGCGAAGACUCUUUGACUUCCCUUACAUUACAAGACUGCGGACAGGUUAUGCCAGCCGCACAAAUGGUGGUUGUCCGCUCUGAAGGCGCACCGGUGCUGUGUAAAACGGAUCAAGUCGGCGAAAUAUGUGUGACCAGUGGCUCAACUGGUGCCAGUUACUUUGGACUCGAUGGAAUGACCAACUCGACAUUUAGAGUCCAACCGCUCCUUGAAGAUCCAGAGCAACCAAAAGACGGGGGCGGUACAAUUGCUAGUACACCCAAGCCUAUUAGCGAGGAAUAUUAUGUACGUUCAGGGCUCUUAGGCUUCCUUGGACCCGGUGGCUUGGUUUUUGUGUGCGGAUCACGCGACGGCCUUAUGACUGUUACUGGUCGCAAGCACAACGCCGAUGACAUCAUUGCAACAGUGCUAGCUGUCGAACCCAUGCGAUUUAUCUAUAGAGGGCGCAUUGCCGUAUUCAGCAUUAAAGUUUUGCGCGAUGAGCGCGUCUGUGUCAUAGCCGAGCAACGACCUGACUGCUCGGAGGAGGAAAGUUUCCAGUGGAUGUCACGUGUGCUCCAAGCAGUUGAUUCCAUACAUCAGGUUGGAAUUUAUUGUUUGGCACUUGUUCCACCAAAUCAUUUGCCGAAGACACCACUUGGGGGAAUACAUUUAUGCGAAGCGAGGCGUCGUUUUCUGGAGGGUUCACUCCAUCCGGCAAAUGUUUUAAUGUGUCCACACACAUGCGUCACCAAUCUACCAAAGCCGCGAGAAUUGCAUCAAGGUGUGCAAACUACUGCAAAACUAAGCUCAUCAUCUGGCUGUGGUAUUACAGACACGGGUGUAGGACCCGCCUCCGUCAUGGUCGGAAAUUUAGUGCAGGGCAAUCGUUUGGCUGUUGCACACGGGCGCGAUGUAGGAAUGGCUGAAGACGGGGAACGUAAGCCCCAAUUAAUAACUGGCGUCUUACGCUGGCGAGCAAACACCUCUCCAGAUCACAUAAUAUUUACGUUGCUUAAUGCAAAGGGAGCUAUAGCAAAAACGCUGACCUGCUCUGAGUUGCACAAACGAGCUGAAAAGAUAGCUGCAUUGUUGCAAGAACGAGGCAAAAUUGAACCAGGUGAUCAUGUUGCACUCAUAUUUCCACCUGGCUUGGAUUUGCUGUGCGCAUUCUAUGGAUGUCUUUAUCUUGGGGCAAUACCUAUAACAAUUAGACCACCGCAUCCACAAAAUUUAAUCACAACGUUACCCACUGUUCGCAUGAUUGUCGAUGUUUCCAAAAGCGGAAUUGUGCUCUCUAUUCAACCAAUUAUUAAGUUAUUGAAAUCAAGAGAGGCCGCGUCAUCAAUUGAUCCAAAGACGUGGCCACCCAUACUAGAUAUCGAUGAUAACCCAAAGCGUAAAUUGGCUGGCAUAGCCACAGUCUCGUUGGACUCCAGCGCCUAUUUAGAUUUCAGUGUGUCCACAUGUGGUCGUUUAAGUGGUGUCAACAUAACUCAUCGAUCUCUGUCUAGUCUGUGCGCCAGCUUAAAGCUGGCUUGUGAGUUGUAUCCUUCACGUCAUGUCGCCUUAUGUCUGGAUCCGUAUUGUGGCCUUGGCUUUGUAAUGUGGACUCUUAUUGGGGUAUACAGCGGCCACCAUUCCAUUCUCAUUGCCCCUUAUGAAGUAGAGGCCAAUCCCAGUCUGUGGCUUUCAACGCUCUCCCAGCAUCGCGUACGCGAUACCUUUUGUUCUUAUGGUGUGAUUGAGCUAUGUACUAAAGCGUUGAGUAAUUCCGUGCCCUCGCUCAAACAACGUAAUGUCGAUCUAAGAUGCGUGCGCACGUGCGUGGUUGUUGGUGAAGAGCGUCCGCGAGUGACACUGACCCAACAGUUUUGCAAAUUAUUCCAGGGACUUGGACUGAAUACACGCUGCGUAUCAACCUCCUUUGGAUGCCGCGUUAACCCAGCCAUAUGUGUUCAGGGUGCUAGCUCAGCAGAGAGUGCACAGGUGUAUGUAGAUCUUAGGGCAUUGCGCAAUAAUCGCGUUGCAUUGGUGGAGCGAGGCGCACCCAACUCAUUAUGCCUAAUUGAAUCUGGCAAGCUGCUACCUGGUGUGAAAGUUAUCAUAGCAAAUCCAGAAACUAAAGGACACUGCGGCGAUUCACAUUUAGGUGAAAUUUGGGUCCAAGCCCCACACAAUGCAAAUGGUUACUUUACCAUCUAUGGCGAUGAGACAGACUAUAAUGAUCAUUUCAAUGCAAAAUUGGUCACUGGAGCCACCUCCGAAAUGUAUGCACGUACCGGCUAUUUGGGUUUCCUACGGCGAACAGAAUGCUCUCAAGCAGCUUCUAUAUUAGAUGAAACCACACCAAGUGUAGCAAGUCGUGAUAGUGACACAGAGUCCUUAAACUCCAUGAGCCAACUACAAUUAAACUUUUCAAAUACUUCCCUGGGUGGUAAUUCUGAGCAUAGCCUUGUGGGAGGUGCCGUUAAUUCAAAUGAUCAGGAAUUGCACGAUGCUGUUUAUGUGGUUGGUGCUUUAGACGAAGUGAUUUCGUUGCGAGGCAUGAACUAUCAUCCAAUAGAUAUUGAAAAUUCGGUACUACGCUGUCAUAAGAAAAUUGCCGAAUGCGCGGUGUUUACAUGGACAAAUUUAUUGGUUGUAGUUGUAGAACUUGAUGGUAACGAAUCGGAGGCGCUCGAUUUGGUGCCCUUAGUUACAAACACUGUUCUGGAAGAGCACCAGCUCAUUGUUGGCGUUGUUGUGGUGGUUGAUCCUGGUGUUGUUCCCAUUAACAGUCGUGGAGAAAAGCAACGUAUGCAUUUACGGGAUGGUUUUCUGGCCGAUCAAUUAGAUCCCAUUUACGUUGCAUACAAUAUGUAAAUAGUAUUAUAGUGCUAAAUGA